AUGCCUAUCAAAUCGCCUAUCAAAAUUAGAUUGGCCCGUUUCGGCAGAAAGUAUCAGCCACUAUACAACAUCGUGGUUGCCAAUAAAAAAUCCGCGAGAGACUCGCUACCAAUCGAGGUUCUCGGGACUUACAACCCUACGCCAAUUCCUUUGAGUCCAGAGGAAAAAGCCAAAGGUGUGAAGCCUUACAAGAACAUCGAGUUGGACUUUGACAGAUCCAAGUACUGGUUGGGUGUUGGAGCCGAUGUCUCCGACAGAGUGACGUUUUUAUUCAAGAGAGCAGGACUACUUCCUGAGCUGUGGCCCAAGCCUAACAAGUUGACACAGAUUGUUGAGAAACCCGUGGUGGAGGAUCUCAGGGAGGAGGUGGAAGAGCCCAAGGCAUUGUUCAGACCAAGAGUUUAG